CCUGAGAGUUUUUCCUUUUUGCCUGCUUUGCCCCCAAAAGUGGUGCUGCCGCCUGGCACUGUACAAAGCCCUGAUCGGUGGGUGGCAGUUACGCGGUGAGGCUGCUAAGCUCCCUCCCUGGGUUAUCAGAAUAAAAACGGGGCUGGCAGGCCCCAGACUGCCACCCUCCCCUUCUCCUCUCCCUGUUGCGAGCUGCUUGCCCAGGCCUCGCCCUGUCUUUGGAAGCCAGCCCAGACGCGUGCAGACAACCUAGCCUCCAUGGGUGUGUGGCAGCGAAGAAGAAGAAGAAGAAGAAAAAAUCACAUGGAAUAGAGAAGUGAAAGCACUCCACGGACACUCUGGAGAAAGGAGCAGCCCGCGAGAAGGUCUGGUUUGGUCUGGUCGCUGUCCUGGGCUUAAAUCUGUAUUUCGAGGCGGGCACGAGGAAAAUGAUUGUGCUUCCACGUGGCCCACUGCCAUGGCGCUGACUCACACCCUCUCGCCCCCGCUCUGUUUUGCAACCGCUCAAGGCAUUUCUUCACGCUUUGGAUCUUUUCCUGCUCCUCCGAGAUCUUAGAGAAGCCUUGUUCUUCAUCUCCUGACCCGGCAUGACCUCCAAGCCGACCUACGAUUAUCCCGAGCCGUACGCCAACCCACGGCAAGGAGCCGUGACCUUGCACCGUAACGUCAGCCUCGUGGGACGCCUGCGGCUCACCCAACCCGUUUGGCUGCAGCUGGGCAUUAAUUCGGCCGCUGCCCUCCACAUCUUGCAACGGGAACCAGCAGGGACAUUUCUGGUGCGAAGAUCCAACACGCGCCGGUGCCAAGUUCUGUGUCUCCGUCUUUUGGAUGACUCAUCACCUGCUUUUGUGACAACCUACUGUUUAUGCCAGGAACGGGCAGCCAUUACCCUAGAAGGAUCGGAUCGGAGUUUUCCCACACUUCUCCAUCUCAUUGCCUUCUACUGCUCAGUUCCGGACAUCCUCCCUUUUGUGUUACGUCUUCCCCAGCCUAUCUGGGAGGCCUCAUCCUGCCAGGAGCUGGAAGCCAUAGCUCACUUGGGGCUGGAAUUUUGGAAUUCCUCCCUCAACGCCAAGGGAUCCACCAGGCUGACUUCAUGGGGAUCUGCUUCUCCGUCCCCUCCUCCAGGAGUCCCCCAAGGUCCAAACAGGUCCCAGAUGGAUGGGGGACAGCCCGCCGGAGCCUGUGGCCUUCCCACACCCUUUCUGGAUGACCCGUCCCUUGAAGACGUGAGCGUCCGGCGCCAGUAUUUCAAGAGUAACGUCAAGGUGCAAGUCUCCACCGAGGCUGUCAGCCCCCUGUCCCCACCGGCUGCCCCACCGCCCCCCAUUCCAGUUGGGAAGAAGCAGAAACUUCCCCACCCACCCCAGCCUCAUGCCUCUGAUGGGAAAAGCCGGUUUUCCAACUGCACCUUCCAAACCUUCUCCACGGAGGGAGGAUGCUGUGCGGCGCGGAGCAAGGAUUCAUGAGCGGGGAGAUGUUCGCGCCUUCUGCUUCGCUGGGUCAGCGGCUGUGCAUGAUGGAGGGAAAACAGGCCGGGGGGCUUAGUAGGAAGCCCUGUGCCUGCCCCCCCCAUUGCUCAAGAUGGCGGGGGCAGGGGAAACUGGGCCACGGAGUCAAGAACUGCAUUUCCCAACCCCUUUCUGAAUUGCAGGGACGUAACUGACAGCUGCAGACAGAAGAGAAAUGCCUGUUAAAGCCAGAAAUAAAGGUGCUGGAUCUCAACCAGCAGGAAGGGGUUAAAUUUCGACGGGUGUUGCUGAGAAAAAAGGAACCCAAUUUUUUUUAGCAGCUGGAGCUCAGGUGGGGGCGGGAGGGGGAAAUGGUUUCCCGUUGCACAACCGCCCCUGGUGUGUUACAAACCUUGUGCAAUGGUGCCGGAUUUACUGGCAAGAGGAUUUCGGGGACAAACUUUGGAGGAAAACAAAUAGAUGUGCUUCAAGUCCACUUAGAGCUGCAUAUAAAGUGAUUUAUCAAUGUUAUUAAAAAAUGAAUCAAAGCCAUUUAUAUAUUGAGGAAUCCUAGAAUCAUGGAAUUGGGGCGGCUCCUACAUGUGGUCUGAUCCUUUGCUCAGGACAGGCUCUGUUUGAAGCUGGCCUACCUUGCAGGGCUGUGAGCGUGAAAAGGUAGACUUAUUGCUUUGAGUUUUCCGGAAGAAACCUGAGAGAGUUCUUAAAUGUUUCCUUAACUCAUUUAUAGGAGUAUCGGUUGGUUUCUGUUGGACAGAGGGAUUUAAGAGAAAUAAAUAUAUGUGUUUAUGUAAGCUUAGGUCAAACAAGGACAUUUAAAGAGAUCUAGUUACCUGCUAGUAACUUCCUGUAUUUUUUUCUUCUCUUCACUUAAAAUAUAUAUAUAUAUAUAUAUAUAUAUAUAUAUUGUUAUUGCUGUUUGGCCUCUCAGUAUUUGGAGGGGUAAGAUAUUAUGCUGUGAUUGAACAAUAUUUUUAUUACUCAAGUUUUACCAGCGUGAUUUGGCUCUGUUACUUUUUAUAGAUCUUGGAUGCAGCCUGGAAACCUUCUGUGAAGAGCACGCAUUUGAAACAUUUUCGAAUAAAAAUCGUUAAUAAAUGCAAACGC